ACUCGAUAGUCGAUAGCGCGCGCGCGCACACGGACGGGCGUCAGUUCGCGGUUUGCGCUUGCUCCGUAACCGUUUUCGCAAUCGCCGCCGGUAUCGCGGUUCGCAGGCGCAUAGCGGUCCCCCACCCGAAUAACCACUGUAGCCUAUGCGGUUCGAUAUUAUUAUUUGUUGUAAUUUGCCGCGAGCGCGCGCGCCAGUUCGGUGUUUAUUAUAAUCCGUCGCCGGUCGUGUCAUUGUCGCCGUUGUCGUAGGUUCUCCGCACACGGUAUAUCACGAUAAAUCGGAUUACUUUUCGCUCCCCCUACCCCCUAAAAAGUCGUAUUUUUUAUUCGUAGUGUUUUUGCGAUUUAUUAUAUUCUGUGGUGAGUGCGUGUGAAAAAGUUUCCCCGGUACAACGCGGUAAGGGUUCGUGUCCGAAAGUUUGCUACCGCCGACGGCCUGUCCAUCGGGUGCGGUAGCCUGUAGCGGGUCAUCGCCUUCAUCGUCUUUGUGGACACCAGCGCAGCCCCAAGACAUUUACCAUAACAUGCGUUACUCCGCGCACUGCAGAAGAUGGUAUCGAUGACCGGCACAACACCGGUACGGCACCGUUGCGGUUAACGGCGGUCGGUGGUGUGAAUCCGUCCCGGCGCGUAUAAUAGCUGCGCGCAUUAAGAUUUCAGCCCUAGCGAAAGUUGGCCGGAAGAUGGGCUGCGCUAUGUCAGCGGAGGAACGGGCCGCCCUGGCCCGGAGCAGGCAGAUCGAGAGGAACCUCAGGGAGGACGGCCUGCAGGCGGCCAAAGACAUAAAACUGCUGUUGUUAGGUGCUGGAGAAUCAGGGAAAAGUACAAUAGUCAAACAGAUGAAAAUUAUUCACGAGAGUGGUUUCACGUCAGAAGACUUCAAACAAUACAGGCCUGUGGUGUUCAGCAACACAGUCCAAUCACUGGUUGCCAUAUUGAGAGCAAUGCCAAAUCUUGGAAUUGGAUUCGGCACCAACGAACGGGAGACUGAUGCGAAAAUGGUGUUGGAUGUAAUUCAAAGGAUGGAAGAUACUGAACCAUUUUCGGAAGAAUUGCUGACUGCUAUGAAGAGACUGUGGGCCGAUCCUGGCGUGCAAAUGUGCUUUUCUCGGUCAAAUGAAUAUCAGCUCAACGAUUCUGCUAAAUAUUUUCUGGACGAUCUGGAUAGGUUAGGGUCCAAAGAUUACCAGCCCACAGAACAGGAUAUAUUGCGUACCAGAGUAAAAACCACUGGUAUUGUAGAAGUGCAUUUUUCAUUUAAAAAUCUUAAUUUCAAAUUGUUUGACGUUGGUGGUCAGCGAUCAGAAAGGAAAAAGUGGAUUCAUUGCUUCGAAGAUGUCACGGCGAUCAUAUUUUGUGUUGCCAUGUCAGAGUACGAUCAAGUGCUCCAUGAAGACGAAACAACGAACCGAAUGCAAGAGAGUUUAAAGCUUUUUGAUUCAAUCUGCAACAAUAAAUGGUUCACUGACACGUCCAUCAUAUUGUUCCUGAACAAAAAGGAUUUGUUCGAAGAGAAAAUCAAGAAAUCGCCGCUCACAAUAUGUUUCCCGGAAUACGCAGGUGCCCAAGAGUACGGAGAAGCCGCCGCCUAUAUUCAGGCGCAGUUCGAGGCAAAGAACAAAUCGACCACCAAAGAGAUCUACUGUCACAUGACGUGUGCGACGGAUACCAACAACAUACAGUUUGUGUUCGACGCAGUCACAGACGUCAUCAUCGCCAACAACUUAAGAGGAUGCGGACUGUAUUAGAUCACACUGCGGCGCCGUACAAGCAGUUUACACGCGUUAAAGGUCCGUCAACUGGUUAUUAUGGCGGCCUUUGUUACCGCGUUAACUAUUUCGCUUUUAUCUUACCUACCUCACAUCGCUGCUUGGCGACGUAUCCGUCGCAUCCGAUCUAAUCCGAAAACCUAAAGAUUCUUUGCCACCGCGGUCCUCGAGUAUUAUCACCACAGCACCUUGCAAUAUACAUUAUUAUUGGAGCACCGAUUUAACCGAUUAAUCAUCUAUUAUUAUUAUAAUAAUACGUAUAUCCGUCAUGGCCACAGUCGUUUAAUUGUUGUUAUCUACCCAGAUCAUCAAGCAAUUUGUCUCGAACGCGCAAACACACACAAAUAUAAAGAGAACUUUUUAUUUUUUUAAAUUUAAGAAAUCAACCCCUGAAACGUACUGAGUAUAAAACUAUGUGUCUUUAUUCUGACAAUACACGUUUAAAUUCCAUUAUUAAAACCUUCAAUCAUACAUUCGCGAUAAAAUAUUGCUUUAUUGUAAUUAUUAUCAAAUAUAGUACCUGUGACUGUAGACUGUACUCUCUGUUUGAUUAGUACAUUUCUUUUAAAAUACGCUAUGUCUGAAUCGAACAUAUAUGAACAUUUAUUAGAUAUUUCCCUAGUAUUCCUCCUAUUGCGAUAUUCGGUUGUCUGUGUAUUUAAUGUUAUCUAAAAUAUUAUUUUUUUAUAACAAUUUUUAAAGCCAUUGUUUAUAAAUUUUAUAACCAAAUUUCUUAUAGUUAAAUUCAACUUUCAUAAUUUCUAGUCUUAUAUUAUAAUUAUUAAAAUAAAAGGGUUUACAAAUAAUAAUUUUUAUGUCAGUAAAACAUACUUAACAGAACUUACUGAAAUAAUGAUAUUUAAGUUAGUACAUUAAAUUAAUUUAAAAACUAAAAAUAAAAGAACAAGUAUUGUUGGCAUUUGAUAUAUUGCUUUGUAGUGUAUAUCAAAUUCAUUUUUUAAGUUACUCAACAUUAUUUAAUACAACCAAUUUGUUUUCAAUUAAUACAAAUUAGUUUUUAAAUAUUUAAAUUUUUUUAUUCAUUAUUCAGGUACCUAUUUAUGUUUUUAAAUUAAGUCACGAAAUAGUUUUAAUUUUAAAUCAAGUUGUAUUAUACUAUAAAUUCAUAAAUCUAUAAUAAUCAUUACUUGUUUAUAAAAACUAUCACUGAGUCAAUUUUAUUAUAUAUAUAUAAUAUAAUAAUAUACUAAUUAAUAAUAAAUUAAACAUUAUUUUAGUUGUUUCAAUUAGCAUACCUUAACAAUUUUUAUGUUUACAGGUUUGAUUUUAAGUACAUGAAAUUCAAUGCACACAUUUCCAAAAUGGCCAGUUUCGGUGUUCAUGUUAAUUUAAGGCGAUGCAUCGUACAAUAUGAAAAUACACAUACGCACACAUAUUACCUAAAAAAAAAUGUACCAUAAACGUGUUACCUAUCCUUUUUAUUUUAUUUUAAGUUUUGAACCAAUUUUAAAAUUAGCUUAAAAAUAUAUUCGGAUAUUAUAUUUAAAAAAGAAUAGGUAUAAUGUUAUAUAAAGUUUUCUUUUCAAUAAUUUUAUAAAAUAAACAAUAUUAAAUAUUAUCUAUAUAUUAUAAUUUUUUUUUAUCAGAACAAAUUUGUAUCAAUUGAGAAAAUGGGUAUAAGAAAAUCAUGUAUAUGCUAAACCAAUUCAUAUGCCUAAUAUUGCACAGUAGUUUACUUAACAAUUUUAACAAUUUUAAAUUCAAAUAAGUAUAUACUUAAAUAAUAUACGUGAGGACCAAACGUAAACAAAUUAAAUUUUGACUAACGAACAAAAUCAGACUUGAUAAAAAAUUCUUAAAACAAUUUGCGCACAAUUUUCUACUGUCAAUACAUUAAUCAAAUAUUAUAAUCAAACCAGCAUAUCGUUAAACCGCUAUGACUCAUGAGUAUUUAAUGAAAAUUCUUCAGUGCCUAUUAUUAUUUAAUUAUAAUAAUUCAAAAAUAAAUUAAAAUUGUUGUAAAAAUUUAAUUAAAUAGACAUAAUAUUCUAGCAUUGAAAUUCUAUUACAUUAUAUAGACAAAUUUUGUUUUCUGUGUAAAUAUAAAAAAAAAAGCGUAGAAUAGAUUUGUUUAGCUUUUAAUCACUUAAAUUUAAUUAUAUACGAAACUUAAUUUAGGACAGUAAAUGUGAAUACAAAAUUUACACAUUAUAAUUAUUAUUACUAUAACUAAUUGUACUACGGCACAGUGAUUUUUAUUCAAUGUUUUAUUCAAACCAAUUUUUUUUAAAUUGUUUACAUUAAAAAUAAUUAAGAAUAAAAAAAUAAAAUUAAAAUACAUUGUUAUUAAGGCUUGACAGAAACAAUUAAACAUGAAGCCCACUUUUUAUGUAAGUGUAAAUACAAUUUUUUUGGAGUUUAACAAAAAAUAAAAUAAAAAAAAUCCAUGAGUAUAAUCACUUUUUCCCAUUUUGUACAAAUCUUGUUUCCUCUCCCUAAAAAACAAAUAGAGCGAGGAACUAAUGAUCAUAUUAUAUUGUUUCACAUUGAAGUUGUUGGUUCUUAUGAGUGCAAAAUUACAUAAAAGUAUGUUUAGGUAUUUAUUUACCCAUUUUUGUUUUUAUGUAUUUAUGUUUUUUUUAUUUAUUUUUUUUUUUAGUAUUAUAUUAUAGGUUUAUUUUGUACAAAUGUUUAAAAAGAAAAUCCUUGUAAACAAAUUCUGUUCUAGUCAUAGACAUUUAUAUUUAAAAAAUUAUUACUAAAUAUUAUAAAAUAAUAAUAAUAAUUACUACUUAUAUUAAUAAUAAUAAAAUUGUCUCCGUACAAGGUUGGACAUCGUUAUCUUUAUAAUUUAUUAUAAUGUGUUUGAUUGAAUUAUUAUUAAAAAAAAAAAAAAAAAACAAAGUUAGUUUUGACUAAA